AUGAAUAUCUGGCUACACACUUACACUCUAGACGUUCCCUUUUUUCUGAAAAAUGUGCGCCACACAGGAAUCGAAGUCUUCGGGAGCGAGUACACCUUCUCCAUGGACGGAAUCACCACAUGCAAGCCGAAGAGGUCGACCAUAGGGAAAUACUGCAAGAGCUACGAACUGACCUUCGUGGAAAUAACAUACGCCCAAUUUGCUGAAAUUCUAAAUGCCCUUGGAAAGAUAUACAGACCUAACACAUACAACUUCGUGUGCAAAAACUGCAACCACUUUUGCGAUGACUUGUUUGAAUUGCUCAGUGGAAAGAGAUUGUUUCAUACAUUUAUGAUUUAUUCUCGUUUGGGAAAAUUGUUCGGAAGCUUUAAGAACCUGGCCUUAUGUGGGUACAUCGACUCCAUGGAGCUUUCCGGCAAUGACAAGGAGAUGUACGUCUAUGCGCUCAAACUGUCCAAGUCGAUCAUACGACGGAAUAGGAAUGCGCCCAUCGGGGUUACGAGCAAAUCACACAAAAGCUUCCCUACUGCCUUACCUUCCGGCUUGACGGCCAAUUUGGCUGGCAAUUUGGCGGGCAAUUCGACGGGCAAUUCGACGAACAGCCUGCUCAGCAACUUGCCCCCCUGCCUAACGAGUGGCUUUCCUCCCCUCCAUUUCAACAGACAAAGCGACGACUAUUGCAACCGCUUCUGUAGCCCGUCUUCCAUAUAUGUCAUCCCGUAUUCCCCCUACGAGAAUGACUCCUGCAUUGUCCAAAAUGUCUCCUAUGGUGAGAAUACCUUUAGCGGCCCCAUGGACAGUUUACCUGAUGAGGCGAACAAGGGAUUUUUCCCUAACGGCCAAUUCAGAACUGUUUAUUCGAUUAGCACGAAUGACAGCUUUUCAAUGGCAUGA